AAACAAAAAAACAUUAUUUUGUAACUAAACUGUUAGAUUUUUAUUUUGUCCCAUCUUCACCCAAUCUCAUGAACAUUCAAUCCAAAAUCGAAUCUGGUUCAUCACCGAAGUUCGUUUCCACAAACCCUAACAACUUUGAAGAUAAGACGAUUCAAGAUCUAGUCAGUAUACUGUGCAAUACGCGUCAAUAUCAAACUUUUGAUCGAGUUGAAGGUGUUUUGGUGAGUAGGGAUACGAGUCUGAGAGAAGAGAUUCAACGGUUGCGAGAGAAAGUUGACUGGGAGAAACAAAAACUUUACUUUGAGAGACUCUCAAGGAGUCAGGCUGAGGUAAAUUAUAGGAAAAGAGAAGAAUUGCAUGAGAAAGAGAAAAGAAGACUGCAGGAAAGUUAUGAAUUUUUGUUAAAGGAAGUUGAAAAGUUGAAGGAAAAAUGUGUUAAUGAUGGGAAAGAUGCUGAGCAUUCUCUUGGAGUUGGUGCCAGUAUUCAGCCACAGAGCAAAGGGAAAAAGGUUGAUGAAGGUACAUCAUCAGGUAGGGGAACAAUGAAAGUGGGAAAGAAUAUUGAGAUCAUAAACCUUGAAGAUGAUGAUGAUGAUGAGCAUCAGGGUAUGGCACGAGGAGUAUAUGCAAAUCCAAUUGACAUGGUAAAAAGAAAAAUUGAUUUCAGCGACAGUGAUAGCUCGAGUUCUUCUUCUUCCUCUGAUGAUUCAUCGUUUCUUGAUAAUCUUAGAAAAUGGUCUGCAGUACCACAUGCUAAAAAGAUGAAAAUGUAGCAACACAGCCAUGGCCUUUUUGUUAGGUUUAAUGAACAAUGUUGGUUGGUUCCUAGUUUUGAAAAUAUGAACAAUUGUUAGAUUGUAUCUCAUCUUCCUAUUGUAUUUCCACUAAAAAAAAUGAAUGUUUUCUAUUGUGGUUUUUCACUUUAUUGCACUUGUCAUGCAUGUAAAAUUUUCACUUUAUUAACACAUGAUUGAAGUUUAGUAAUGAGGCUCCUGAUUGAAGUAGGGAUAGACACAUUAAUUCCUUUGGUAAAAUAAAUAACCUUCCUUCAAGUUGUUUUACUAAUCUAGGCAAGCCGAGUAUCUAGCAAAUGCUAAUCUAAAUAUGCGCCUUAUGUGGUCAUAUGCACACAUCCAUUCAAAUAUGCUAUGUCGUGGAACACAUGGGAGAUAUUUAUGAGCCAAAGUUAUAAACACGUCCAGUAAGAAGUGGAAAGUGUCAAAUUGCAUCACUAGUGUUAAAAUACGAGUUAACAGGAGUAAUCUUGAAACCAUGAAUAUAUCAAACGGGAUUUCAGACAAGGUCCGAAUGUUGAGUGCAAGUGUGAGUGAUUAAAGUCCCACAUUGCUUAUGAAUGGGUGGAAUGUUGGAUAUUAAGA